AUGAGCGACUCAUACAAGGAGGUAAUCACACACGAUGGGAAGGAGGUGGUUCAUGAGGGGAUACAAGUCGUUCAGCCGGUUCCUCCUGGACUCGAGUCCGUUCCUAAUGGAUACCCUCCAGCUAAAAAGCAACAACCACAGCGCAAAUUAAUCAUUGGAAUAGUGGCAGCGGUCGCCAUUGUCGUAAUCGGCCUGGCUGUCGGCUUGGGAGUUGCCCUUACAAGACCACAUUCUACCCCCUCAUCGUCAUCAGAUCAACCAACUUCCACGGACUCAGGCGCAGGAUUCACCUCGUCUGCAUCAUCAUCGUCCACACCAGAACCAUCUACGUCCACGUCAAAUCCGACAUCGACAACGUCAACUGCGUCAGGGACUAAAAACGCAUCUCCCACCUCUAUAGCCGACAAAUACACAUGCCCAGGCGUGAACAACACGGAGAUCCAUAAAGGUUCCGACAGCUAUCAUGUUUUCUGCGACGCGGACAUUCACGCCACCAACAAAAAAGACUUAUCUUCCACGGUGCAGAAAACGUUUGCGGAAUGUCUGGGGCUCUGUGAUUCGAUGAAUAAUUACCAGAAACGCGCAGAUGUCGCUCUUACGUGGAAUUUUGAAGGUACAGGGCAGCAGCACCCAGGCACUUGCUGGUGUGUGACGGGCUCAAACAAGAAGGUUAUAUCGAACCCGGGGAAUAUUGUGGCGGUUCUCGCAACAGAGAACUUCGUGAUUGAUUUAGAAUGA